AUGGGUGUUCGUCCUUUGAUCCGCAGGACUCGCACGGUCGUCCGUCGUAUCUCGGCGGACAAGCCCGAGGGGGUAGAGAACGUUCCAAUUCAGCAGAGCUCAAGUCACGGCAGCGCUGAGUCGCACGACAAGACACCAGCCAGGGACACCCAGCAUGGUGUUCAAGAUGUUGAAGCUGUUACUCUCGCUUGGUCAAGAGGCACCCUGAUUGCAGUUUUUAUCAACAUCUGGCUGCUAUACUUUGUGAAUGCGUUCCAACUCUCCGUUUCGAACAGUCUAAAUCCCUACGUGACGAGCUCUUUUAAAGCACAUUCGUUAUCCGCGCUCCCAACCGCCAUUGGCGAUGCAUUUGCAGCUGCUACAUAUCUCCCUAUGGCGAAGUUGAUGGAUGUCUGUGGGCGUGCAGAAGGUUUUCUUUUCAUGGUCAUAUGUUUGACUCUUGGGUUAAUUCUCAUGGCGUCUUGCAAUGCCUUUGAGACCUAUUGUGCUGCCAAUGUCUUUUACUAUGUCGGGUUCUACGGGAUGGAAUACGCCGUCGAUGUCGUGACUGCCGAUGCUUCGAGUUUGAGGAACCGUGCCUUUGCGUAUGCUUUCACGUCCUCCCCUUAUAUCAUCACGGCCUUUGCUGGACCAAAAGUGGCAGAAGAAUUCUACUAUCAAGUUUCCUGGCGGUGGGGCUUCGGUGCCUGGGCAAUUGCCACCCCUAUCAUUGCUCUGCCCUUGUACGGCAUGUUAAAGUACAACUUGUAUAAGGCUCAGCGGGAAGGGUACCGGAUCAAGCGUCCGAGUGGCCGUACGGUAUUUGAAAGCAUCAGACACUGGUCUGUCGAGUUUGAUUUACUUGGAGUCUUUAUAUUCACAGCUGGGCUCGUGCUAUUCCAGCUUCCAUCUGAUAUCGCUGAUUACGCACCUGAAGGCUGGGCCUCCGGAUACAUCAUCGCCAUGUUGGUCGUCGGUUUCUCAAUGCUAUUCUUGUUUGCAAUUUGGGAAAGAUGGCUCGCCCCAGUCCCUUUAUUCGAAUGGCGAUUGCUCACCAACCGUACCAUCGUUGGUGCGGUCCUUUUGGACGCAACCUACCAGCUCUCAAACUACUGUUGGAGCUACUACUUCACCUCAUGGCUACAAGUCAAUAACAAUCUGACCAUUACAACAGCAAACUACAUCAACAAUAUCUUCGACGUUGUCUCCGGCGUAUUACUGUUGUUUCUCGGCUGGGUCAUUCGCAGAGUCGGCAAAUACAAGUGGACUUUAUACAUCUCCAUCCCGCUCUAUAUUUUUACGCAGGGACUAAUGAUCUAUUUCCGCGAGCCCAAUAUGAGCGUUGGGUACCAGGUAAUGUGCCAGGUUUUUCUGGCCAUAGCUGGCUCAGUCUUUAUUCUUGUUGAACAGAUUGCUAUCCUUGCUGCUGUGGAUCACCAGCAUGUUGCUACGGCAUUAGCGAUUCUGAAUGUCGUGGGCACCAUUGGCAACUCUGCUGGUCUGACCAUCAGCACCUCUAUCUGGCAGCAUACGUUCCGCAAGGCCCUGGUCCGAUAUCUCCCCGAGUCUGCCAUGUCUAACUUCGGCAACAUUUACGAUGACCUGAGGACGCAAAUAGGGUAUCCUGUGGGUAGCCCUAUUCGGACGGCUAUACAGACAGCCUACGCCUAUGCUGAGCUUAGACUGCUUGCUGUCGGCUGUGGGAUUAUGGUGCUGGCAAUUCCUUGGUGUGUACUAAUCAAGGAUAUUGAUCUGAGAAGGAAGGUGCAGGUCAAGGGAACUGUUCUCUAA